AUGGGAAAUUGUACUAAGCCAUCCAUGAAAAACAAAAUGAAGAAGGACAGGGACCUACGACCAGAGGAGAUUGAAGAGCUUCGCGAGGCGUUUGUGGAGUUUGAUAGGAAGAAGAAUGGUUAUGUCAGCCACAAGGACCUGGGAGAGUGCAUGAGGACCAUGGGCUACAUGCCCACAGAGAUGGAGCUCAUCGAGCUGGGCCAGUCCAUCUGUGGCGGCAAACUAGACUUUGAGGACUUUGUGGAGCUGAUGGGCCCAAAGAUGCUGGCAGAGACAGCAGACAUGAUCGGAGUGAAAGAACUGAGAGAUGCAUUCAAGGAGUUUGACGCUAACAGUGAUGGUCAGAUCAGUAUAAUGGAACUGAGGGAGGCUAUGAAGAAGCUGAUGGGAGAACAGCUGACCAACAGAGAGAUCGACGAGAUCCUCCGAGACGUGGAUCUCAACCGGGACGGACUGGUCGACUUUGAGGAAUUUGUUCGAAUGAUGUCACGCUGA